AUGGACCUUAACAAGAUGAAUGACAGUGCUAAGGUUGAACUCUGUCGAAAAUACUUCAUAAUUGGCCUGUUUUUCCUCCCUCUGGUAUGGCUCACGAACGCAGUCUGGUUUUUUGGCGAAGCGUUCCUUCGACCAUCCUCACCGACCACCAGUGCUAUUCGAAAAUACGUUAUACUAAGUGCUGUUGGAGUACUCUGCUGGUUUUUACUGUUGUUCGCAUGGGAGUUCAUUUUCCAGUCGUAUCGAUCUCAAGGCGUGGCUUGGGCUGACUACCUUACCUUCAUUUUCCCAGUUGGAAGAAUUUAG